AUGCGUCAAGAAAUCCUUCUGUCUCUUCUCGCCGGCUUUACCGCCCGCGCAGAGUUGUUCCAUCGCCAGCAACAACCUCCCGAUGAAACCCCCAGCCCCAUCCCCCGCCCAACAGGCACCAGCAACUCCUCCUCCCCUAACUUGACCCCCUACAAGAUCGACUACUUCCACCUAGGCAUGGAAUACGCCGCGCUCGACCUCUGCGGCCCAGACCCCUACGCUAUCAAAGACGCCGGAAGGAUCAACCCCAGUUACUGCCUCGUUGACCGAUACUGGGCUUUCAUGCCCGACCUCACUGAGCUCAACUCAACAGAGACAUUUGACUACGUCAACAGCAAUUGGACCUCCAGCUCCGUCCAGUUCAGCCUGCGCGCGCUGUACACUGGUCUUUUUGCCCGUGGGAUUCUACCGGAAGCACUCCGCGACUGGGCAAGCCAGGACCCGCUGGCUCUUCUGGGGAUGGGGAAUCUCUCCGACGAUGACAAGCGCGCCAUUGGAGAGCUGGUGGCUCGAGAGAGGGCGAACGGAACAAAGACGAUUUCUCCUCCAGAGGAUAUGAGAUCCUCCCGAGCAGCGGAGGUGACGGCGCAGAUGCUGGCACUGGAGAGCUGGGAUCGGCAUCGUCGUUCGGCGUUGUCGAGUGUCACCCCAGCGCCGACGGCAGCGUUUGCCCUCGGGGCAGAGGACAAGAAGGAGGUGUUUUUGGUUUUGUCGUCGGCGUUGCCGCAGGUGUUUGGAGAGUUGGGCAGGCCGAGGAAUGAGACGGAGAAGGGGAGGGAUCCCAAAUCGAUGGGGAUUACUGAGACGUAUUUGAAGUCGCCGUUUGUUCCAGGAGGGCCGAACGCGAGGGUGUUGUGGUAUACUGCUUUGACGCCAGAUGAGUUGUCUGGUGCUGUGGGACUGCGCGCGUUUGCUAGUUGGGGGCUUUGGAUGGGGAUUUGGGGGUUGAUGGGUUUUGUGGUUGUGUUGUGA